GGAGAAGGAGUCAGCGCCUCUUCCGGAUCUGUGACGGAACCCGGAAGCGGCGCACGUGUUACUCGCUCAACCGGCACCACUCCCACUCGGCUGCAGCUGCUCGCCACCGUUCCAGACCGGGCCCUAGAGAAGUUGCCCGUGGGGCUGCCGCCGCGGCACGCGCUCUUCACGCCGCUCUCCGUGGGCAGCAGCGGAAGAGGAGCGAGGAUGGGCGACCCGGGCCGAGUGGAGGGGCUGGAGCCGUACUCCGUGCUCGGAGCUUCUCGCAGCGACUCACCCAGAGCCCUGCGACGCCGAUACCAGGAGCUCGUGCGGCAGCUGCACCCGGACCGAGCGGCCCAGGGCCUGGGCGAGGGUGAGCGUGAGGAGCAACUCCGGCGCUUCCUGGAGGUGGAGCGUGCGUGGAGGACGCUGGGAGACGCGGAGACGCGCAGAGAGCACGACCUGCGUGCACGAGACAGGGCCCUGCAGCAGGAGGGUCCCAUCCAGGACAGCUUCUCCAUUGACGACAUGGACUGGGACGACGACCAGUUGGAGGCGUCCCGGCCGUGCCGGUGCGGCGGCCUCUUCACCGUGAGCGCCGCCGAGGUGCGGGGGGCACGGGGGGGCGAGGGGGGGGGCGAGGGGGGGGGCUCUCCCCCGCCACCGCCGCCGCUGCUGCUGCUGGGCUGUGACACUUGCUCCCUGCGCGCCGAGCUGAGCGGCGCCAGCGGCUGACGGACGCGUGGACGAUGGCUUGCGCGGGGGAUGGGGGGUGGGGGCGACUCCGCGGGGCCCUGUGGGUCGUGCGUGGACGGCGCUGCGCGGUGCGCCGAUACCCCACGCACCGACCCUGCACGUCGUCGAGCCCCGUGCUGCUGGUGCUGUGCUGGAGCUGUGUGUGCUGCUGUGUGUGGUGCUGUGUGUGGUGCUGUGUGUGGUGCUGUGUGUGGUGCUGUGUGUGGUGCUGUGUGUGG